GAAAAAAUGUUUUAUUUAUAAAAAUAAAUAAAAACAUAAUGCUCUAAAUCAUCACUUUGCAAACAUUUAAAGUACUGUGACCUGUUUAAAACUGGUUGAGUUCAGCCUCUUUGGGUACACGUGAACAAAAAUUAGUUCAUUAUACUCAAUAAUGGAUAAAAAAAAUUUCUUGGUAAUUUUGGGAUUUUUUUGGUUAUGUUUUUAAGGUUUGAAAUAAAACUAACACUGUAGCAAAUGAAACGUUUAAGCCUGUUUUAGUGAGCUGUAAAUGUACAGUAUGUGGAAGUGUGAAUAUUUUCCAUUGUGAUAUUAAAUAUAACACUUAAAUAAGUUGUGCACAAACAUGCAAAUACAGUGCAAAUUUACAUUCUGUCAUUUUGUCACAAAUUGUCUUAAUUAUGUCUCAUUAUAUGUUUAGUGAUUUCACAUUAUAGUGCAAUUUUAUUGCAACUGGAAUUUCUAAUUUUGAUAAGGAACACGAGGAACAUUGUGAAGAUUUUGAGGCAUGUAAGAGGGUGCAAUUUACUGUCACUGAUAUUAGCCCAAAAAGACGUACAUUAUAGCAAUUUAGUACCUUGGAAGGUCCCUGUUUUGUCAGUAGAGAUGAAUCUGCAAAUGAAACACUGAAUCAAAAUCAGUCCCAGUGAAUUUUGAUCAACUUUCUGUUGCCUUAUGUGAAGAAUCUAUCAAACAAAGAUGGCUUGGAAGAGCUGCUACCAACAGCUCAAUUUCUGUUACUGAUUUUAAUUUAUGACUUAUAAAUCAGAUAAUGAUCUGAAGCUCAAACCCAAUCAAGAAAUCAAACUAGUGAUACACCGACAUGAAUUUUUUUGGUAGAUACCGAUAUUAAUAUCACCGUUAUGGCCGAUUACCGAUAUUUGCCGAUACCGAUUUACGCUUCUGAAAUCAGCAAAUGUUGUAUAGACUGAAAUGAUGCAAGGUGAGUUUUUGAAUGUUUUACUUUAUUUCUAUAAAGUGGAAUUUGCAAUAUGUUUUAUAUACACACAUACCUUUACGCUUGCGAGAUGAUUACCAUCACUGUCGCAGGACUAAACAGUUACACAUCAUCACCCCUCCUUACCCUCUGAAAUAGAUAUACAAAUGGAAAGAAUAUGAAAAAAAUAUCGGUUGGUAACAUCGGCCCAGUUUUAUUUAUUGGACCGAUAACGAUGUGUUAAAAAAUGACUAACAUCAGCCGAUACGGAUAUUGAUGCCGAUAUAUUGUGCAUCCCUAAAUCAAACCUUUCUGUCUUAAUGGGGAUCCAUUCAAUUGAAUAAACAUUUUAACAACAUGGCACAGAAAAAAAUAACACUUACAGCCUUUUCCUGAAGUCAUUUUAAUGAUUGGCUUACAUCAACUGUAAAUUGCUGGCUAAGUACAUGACUGAAUCGAAGCUGAAAUCUGUAAAAGUGCCAUAAAUUGUAUUAUAUAGAAAAUUACUUGGGAUACAAGGAUAUAUGUCCAGUGUUUGCUGUCAGGUGGUGUCACAGUGAACACAAUAUGUAAUGUUAAGUAUUUUUGCUAGGGCUGCACGAUAUUAGGAAAACCUGCGAUAUUCGAUAACUGUGCUUAAUAUUGCGAUAUCGAUAUUACUUGCGAUAAAUGAACAAACACUGAAGUAUGCAGUGUUGAUGUCGUCUGGUGUGUGACGCCUGCUCUGGGUUCAAAGCAAACAAAAACUAAUGCAUGAAUUCCAUUACAACAUAACAUUUUUAUUGAAAAUAUGAUUUUUUGAGGGAAAGAGAAAAAUAAUUGUCUACCUUUCAGAAGAGGAACUGGCAAAAAAAAAAACUACAUGGAAAAUAUGUGAAAACAUUUGGUUUUAACCCCAAAUUGAACAAGUUUACCUUGAUCUUAAAAAGCAGCUCAGAUGAUGAAACUGCAACUAUGAUUCUGAUAACAAGCUAACAAAUUGAACUAGCUCCUCUAAGAUAACCGGCUAGCAGAGCUUCUGACUGACAGUUUAUGUGCAGCAGCAAAUCAACUAUCCUGAAUAACAAGGUUAUAAAAGCUCAUAAAUGAAAAAUCACUUUGAUGUGUGGGGGAACUUUUCCAGGCCCACUUUAGCAGGGUGGGACUGGGAGGAGAAUGCUGUAGCCUUUUAGCUGGAAGCUAACCGGAGCCUGGGGCUAACACUAGCGACAUGAAGGUGGGUUGGUUCACCGGCACGGGUCGGAGUCAGCCCGGUAAAAUGAUUAACGACACCAAGCGGACUCACAUUCACGUUUGAAAGCAGCGCUGAUUCCAGAAACCUCAGCACGAACGGACCCAUCUGAUUGCCCGCAGAUCAGUAGGACUACAUUUGAUUGGUCAAAUAAUACUUCCGCGUAAAAAACAGAGCUGGUUUACAAAAAGCUGAUGUAUGACACGGAUGAAAAUGUUUGAACCAAACAUUUAUUACCGUUUUUGGCGUGCUUUGCGAUGGGCCUAUCACACGUCCUGUUAUCCCGAUGACGAUAAUAUUUCGAUAUAUUGUGCAGCCUUAAUUUUUGCCUAUCUUUAUUUUCAAAGAUGUAUAUAUUUUAUACCUUUAUUUUUAUUAAUGUUUGAUUACAUAAAAGUCAUCUGUAGCACUUUGUAUAGGAGUCUUGGUGAAUGUGGAGACAGUAAAAGUGAAUGACAAAAGAGCUGGCAGCAUUGCAGCUUCAGAUGAGCAUUGUGCUGUAAUACGCUGCCUGAGGACAGCAGGAGAAGGAGAAAAGGAAGAAUUCAAAAGGGUGGGAGGAAAAAGGCUUCUUAACAGAGGGUGAACUGCUUUCCGAUGUGUUUAGCUCAUCAUGUUUGACCUUCUAGUUGUGAAAAUGAAGAAUUCACCAGUUUAUAUUUAGUUAGUUUCUUGUUAUUAGGACUGUUGACUAGUAAGGCAUUGGAUUUUAUUUUAGAUAAGACAGUGAAAUCUGCUGCUGAGUUUCAUCCACUGUGUGGAUUUAAUCACACUUGCAUGAUAUGCACAGAUUUUUUUUUCUUCACUCAAUAAGGUAAGGGCCUUUUCUUUGUCAUUUUUAUAUUUGUGGAUACUUUAGAUAUUUACUAAUGCAUGCUAUACAGUUAUAAAAUAUUGGUACAAUGGGACAUGUUUGGCUUCUAUUGAUUAAUGUAAUCUGUUAGCCUGUUGUCUUUGGAGUGCUUCUGUGUUAGAAACUGAAUUUAUUUAAGAAAGUUGUUUAUGUUGAUAUGCAUUUUGUAAAACAAAACAUUAUGUAAAAUGUUGAAAAUAAGGCUUGGAUAUUUUGACUGAUGUGCAAAUUUCAAACCAUCAAAUGUUUAUAAGCCCAAUAGUUAUACUUUAUACAAGUGCUUAUUGUAGACCUAGUGCCAGGUGCUUAAGUUAGGUCAAUAAAUUAAAAAGUGCUCAUCUUAUAUAAAUCUCAUGGUUCAUUGCAGGUAUCCUAAUUUUACAGCUAUUAUUACAUGCUAAUUAAAAUUGACAAAAUAUAGUGAAUGUGGUUAUUACUCCUGAUUGUUAGCAUAUUUAACGACCAUGUACUGUAAAUGUGAGAUUAUUUAAAUUUUCAGGACAGUAUAUUAAUAAAAUGGCAAAUGUUAUUUAAUUAAUUAAUUUAUUUAUUGUUUUGUUUUUCUGUUUAUUUUUACCUGUCUAGUUUACUAGUUGGGCAAUUCCUGCCCAUUAGCAAGGGCAGGGAUUGGUAGGUAAUUAUGCUAUACACAAAAAUAUCAUAGCAUUAUAUAAUAGUGGGGUUUCAAAUUUGUUUAGCCGACUUAUUUUCUUAGAAAAACAGCACUGGUUAUUGAUCUUUAUUUGUUGCCCCAAAUUCUUGUAAAUAUGUGGGGUAAAUGCCAGCAUUACAAUUAUUGCACAGAAAAAUUGUGUUGUUGUAAGUAAAUCAAGCAUGCCUAAAUAAAUACCACUCCAAUUUUUGUUGUGGUUUGAUAAUAGUUUAUUUUAUAUAAAACUGGUGAAAUAACUAUGAGAAAUGGGACAGAACUUUCAUGCUGUACAGCUGGUUUGGAUUUGAUUGGCAUGACCUCAAAGGCGAAAAUCAACUCGUCAUCUAAUUGCUGCUCUGUCUUUCCUGAACAUUCUAAUUACAGACAUCUCAGCAGCUGGUAUCUGCUUGGUUCUACAAGUUGUCACUGUAACUGAGAGGUCAGUUGAAACAGCAUUGUCUGUUUGACUCCUAUACUAAGAAGAUUUUUUUUGUACUCAAAUGAUGAAUAUUCUUUGUGCUCAAUGGACUGAAAGCUACAUUUUUUUUCUUUAACGAUAAUCAGUUCUGUUGAAACAAAAUUUGUCAUUUUUUGUACUCCCUUGCAGUUUUAAGAUUCUGACUUGCUCUUAAUCCACUCAAGGCGGGGUAACAGAGGCAGUGGUCUGUCCGUAUGUCAAACAGCUCAUCACAAGUGCCGCUUUUUCGUAAUGUUCCCCGGAGGACAUAUCAGUAGACAAAAUGAUCCCUACAUCCCAGAGCGGCAUCAAAUCUCACCCAAGAGAUGUGAGCUACAGAAUAAGAGAUUACAGAGCCCAAACAUAGGACAAAGUGUGCCCAAAAAGCUGCAGAACUUCCCACAUAGAGUAGAAGAUAAUACCACCCUUGAUUUAUCAUCAGUCAACUCAACUUGUAGCAAAGCCUCAGCUGAGGAGGAUAGAAGCCCUCAGUGUCAGGAUCAGCUUGUUUCUCAGGAGAAUGCAAUGUUCUUCUCCAAAAAGGAUUCAGAGGAGAAGAUGGGAGGUUCCGUAACAGAGCAAGGUUCUAAUAACAUAGUGGAACAUAUCCUAAAAGAGUUAAAAGGUAUCAAUAAGAUCCAGGAGGAAAUCUCUGACCUGAGGCAUUAUCUAACAUCUGUGCGAGGUUCAGUGGAUGAAGUAUCGUGCUGUGUUGAUGCAGUCCUCAGUGAAAUUGGUGAGCUGUACAGUGGAGCUUCAGCUGCACCAGAAUCUUGCCCAGUUUCUCAAGCACCACGCACCAGACGGGGAAGCCUGGAUAGGCAGAAUGCCAUUACGUGUCUUCGUGGAAGCGACCUCAGCCCAUUGCUGGAUCACAAAGAAUACAGAAAAGAUUCAGGAUUUGUAACAACAAACAAAUUAACCAAACACUGGCAAAGUGAUAACACCACUUUUAGAUCAAUCUGUCAAGUAGACAAAAACUCAGAGGAAGCUUCCAACACAGGUCUUUUAAGUCAUACAAAACCAGAUAUUUGCUAUCUUGAUCUUCACUGUGGUCAGAAUUACCAAAGCACUAGCUCUUUGUCCUCCUGCCAUAGCUCCAAAUGUCCUGAAGAAUGCUUUCUUUCUGGUGACACAUGGCCUUCUGUGGGUAUGCAGUGCAGUAUAAGCAGAGAUGGAGGUUGGAGUGAGGAGGACACUUCUUAUGCAAAUAGUGAAGAGCUGGAGAAAGGUAGAAAUAUUUGGAAACAGUGUGCCACAGAGGAAGCACUUCCUAGUCAUGCCGAUCAUUCCUCUCACACCAGUUCUGAGCACCUCUCAUUAUUGUUUGGACACCAGUACACUUGUUCUUCAAAUUCUUCCAGUAUGGUGAACUGGAGGCAUCGUGCACAUGAAGUUGAAGAAGAACAUUUGGAGUGUGACUGUGCUGCAAACUGUCCAUUUUCACGUAGCUCUGGUUACCACACCAUGGAUGCCUGUGCAAAUGACCUUGGCAGUGCACCUUCUUUAAGCUUGAGCUGCUCUACUGUUCCAAUGACAGAAGGUGAUGAUGGCUAUCUAGAGCCACAUUCACUGUGCGAUGACUGCCCAUCAUCUAGGGACACUCUUGAUCUAGGGUCUGCUAAGAGUUUGGACAGGGAGUGGACAGAUCACAGUAUUUCCAGGGAAGAUAUAGAGGAAACCUUGUCACCAGGGUCUUCCGAAAUAGAUUUUGACAGCAUAUCCCAAACCUCUGAUGAAGUGCUGGAUAUAGCAACACUUAGCAAGACUGUACUUACUUUUGGGUUUGCUUUGAAGGGGGCAUUGCAAAAACUGGAUGUAUCCAGCUCUAAAGGAGUGAAUGAUGAUGCUGAGACUGAAGUCUGUUCAUCUCCAGUCAGACAAUCCAAUGACAUAAAAGAGAAGCAGACCAGUGCUUCCUUUACAGAAGAGGACUUUAGUUCAAGAGGUAAUCUUGUUCGGUUAGACUUACCCAAAGAGGACAGUGAGACUAGUGAAAAUAUAUCAUUCUUCCUAAAGCCAUCCCUACUUAAAAAAAGCCUGCCUCCCAGCACUCCAACAGAGAAUCAAAUAUCAGAGGAUUCUCAAAAAAAUGAAGAACAUGCAACUCAUGCAACUGCUGCAGGACAAUCCAACCUUCUCUCAGUACCAGAACACCAUCCUGCAAUUCAGACUGAAGCUUCUCCUGGCCGAAUGCUCAGCACAGAUGAGACAUGGUUGAGUCCCAUCAGUGAAAAUGAUCUACAAGGUGAGGGAAAUCAAGACAAGCUGACUGAUGCAAGUCACCGAGAACGGAUAGCUAAUUUUCAGCGCAUUCUGAAGGAAAAGAGGCAAACCCGUUACAGACUUUCCAGAUCUGCUCAAGGUUCCCAUGGAUCUCAUGGCUCUCAAGUCUCUCAGGGAUCCCAAUCCUUAGAUGAACUUGUUUCAGAGUUUGGAAAAGAAGAGAAUCAGGUCCGAGAUGUGGAACCUAAUACUAAACAGGCGUGGGUCAAACCGGGUGGAUCUGGUCUGUAUGGAAUUGACAGCAUGCCAGACCUGCGUAAAAAGAAGCCCAUCCCAUUGGUCAGCGAUGUGUCACUUGUUCAAGCCAGGAAGGCAGGGAUCACCUCUGCCAUGGCUGCUCGGUCCUCAGUUAAGGAUGAGGAGCUGAAAAACCAUGUUUACAAGAAGACUCUACAGGCUCUUGUCUACCCCAUAUCCUGCACAACGCCACAUAGCUUUGAGGUUUGGACAGCCACCACACCUACAUACUGCUACGAGUGUGAAGGGCUGCUAUGGGGGAUUGCUCGCCAAGGCAUGCGUUGCUCUGAAUGUGGAGUCAAAUGUCAUGAGAAGUGCCAAGAGCUACUGAAUGCUGACUGUUUACAACGCGCGGCUGAAAAAAGCUCCAAGCAUGGCGCUGAAGACCGUACUCAGAAUAUCAUUAUGGCCAUGAAGGACAGGAUGAAGAUCAGGGAAAGGAACAAACCUGAGAUCUUUGAGCUGAUCAGGGAAGUGUUUGUGGUCAGUAAAGCCCUUCACGCGCAGCAGAUGAAGACUAUCAAACAAAGUGUUUUAGAUGGAACCUCAAAGUGGUCAGCCAAGGUCACUAUUACAGUUGUUUGUGCACAAGGACUCCAAGCAAAAGACAAAACUGGUUCCAGUGAUCCAUAUGUCACAGUCCAGGUGGGCAAAACAAAGAAGAGGACGAAGACGAUUUAUGGGAACCUCAAUCCAGUCUGGGAAGAAAAGUUUCAUUUUGAGUGCCAUAAUUCUUCAGACCGAAUCAAAGUUCGUGUUUGGGACGAAGAUGAUGACAUCAAGUCCAGGGUGAAACAACGUCUGAAGAGAGAGUCUGAUGAUUUCUUGGGUCAGAGCAUCAUUGAAGUCAGAACGCUGAGCGGAGAAAUGGACGUCUGGUACAACCUGGAGAAGCGGACAGAUAAGUCAGCUGUGUCGGGUGCCAUUCGCCUCCAAAUCAAUGUGGAGAUCAAAGGAGAGGAGAAAGUGGCUCCAUAUCACGUGCAGUACACCUGUUUGCAUGAGAAUCUCUUCCACCAUUCAACCGAUGUUCUGGGUCAAGGUGUUGUGAAAAUCCCAGAGGCUCGCGGAGAUGAUUCAUGGAAGGUCUACUAUGAUGAAGUGGCACAGGAAAUAGUUGAUGAGUUUGCAAUGCGUUAUGGGAUUGAGUCGAUCUACCAGGCCAUGACACACUUUGCAUGCUUGUCAACCAAAUACAUGUGUCCUGGAGUUCCUGCAGUGAUGAGCAGCCUGCUGGCUAACAUUAAUGCCUUCUACGCCCACACAACCGCAUCCACCAAUGUGUCCGCCUCUGAUCGCUUCGCUGCUUCCAACUUUGGGAAAGAACGCUUUGUAAAGUUGUUGGACCAGCUACACAACUCCCUACGCAUUGACCUUUCUACUUACAGGAAUCAUUUUCCUGCCAGCAACAAAGAUCGAUUACAGGAUCUAAAAUCUACGGUGGACCUUCUAACCAGUAUCACCUUUUUCAGAAUGAAGGUCCAGGAGUUACAGUCCCCACCCAGAGCCAGCCAGGUUGUGAGGGAUUGUGUCAAAGCCUGUCUCAACUCUACAUAUGACUACAUCUUCAAUAACUGCCAUGAGCUCUACAGCAGACAGUACCAACCUGCAGAUGCAAACAAAGAGGAGUUGCCUUUGGAGGAGCAGGGCCCAAGCAUCAAGAACCUGGACUUCUGGCCCAAACUCAUCAUGCUCAUCGUCUCCAUCAUAGAGGAAGACAGGAACUGCUAUACACCUGUGCUCAAUCAGUUUCCUCAGGAACUGAAUGUAGGAAAGGUGUCAGCGGAGGUCAUGUGGAUGUUGUUUGCUCAGGACAUGAAGUACGCUUUGGAAGAACACGAAAAACACAGACUGUGUAAGAGCACAGACUACAUGAACCUCCACUUCAAAGUCAAGUGGCUCUGCAAUGAAUAUGUCAAAGAGUUGCCAAACUUCAAGGGUGUUGUCCCUGACUACCCCUCAUGGUUUGUGCAGUUUGUUCUGCAGUGGUUGGAUGAAAAUGAGGACGUGUCAAUGGAGUUUAUGCAUGGAGCCCUGGAGAGAGACAAGAAAGAUGGAUUCCAGCAGACCUCUGAGCAUGCUCUGUUCUCCUGCUCUGUGGUGGACAUCUUCACCCAGCUCAACCAGAGCUUUGAGAUUAUCAAGAAACUGGAAUGUCCUGAUCCUAAUGUUAUGGCUCAGUACAGCCGCCGCUUCUCCAAGACAAUUGCCAAAGUCCUUCUGCAGUACAGCGCCAUUCUGACUAAGGGUUUUCCAUCCUAUAUUGAAAAAGAGAAAAUUCCCUGUGUCCUGAUGAAUAAUGUGCAGCAGUUGAGGAUCCAGUUGGAGAAAAUGUUUGAGUCGAUGGGUGCCAAACAGCUAAAUGAAAUCAUAGAGGAGGAGGAGGAGGAAGAUGAUUUAUUCCAGGCCUCACAUGAACAGCAGGUUAUAAAGGAGGAUGAGAAACCCAAAGCUGCGAUGGACACAGAAGCCAGUGACUUGCUGAAUGAUCUGCAGGUGAGGCUGAACAAUGUGCUGGAUGAUCUCAGCAGCACAUUUGGAAACAGCUUCCAGAGCCACAUCAAUGACUGCAUGCGACAGAUGGCGUCCUUGUUGUAUCAGAUCAAAGGGCCACUCAACGAGAACACCAAAAACCAGGUGGAGGCUGACUCUGACAACAUGCUGCGGCCUCUCAUGGACUUCUUGGAUGGAAAACUUACGCUGUUUGCCACUGUGUGUGAGAAAACCGUGUUAAAACGUGUCCUCAAAGAGUUGUGGAGGAUCGUCAUGAGCAGCCUGGAGAAAACGAUUGUUCUGCCACAAGGACACGACACCUUUGGAGCUCAAAUUCUGUCGGCUGCCAAAGAGCUCGGACAUCUCACCAAACUCAAGGAUCACAUGGUGGGGGAAGCUAAAAGCCUGACUCCCAGGCAGUGUGCUGUCAUGGAUGUGGCGUUGGAUACCACCAAGCAAUACUUCCAUGCAGGAGGCAACGGGUUGAAAAAGGCAUUCCUGGAAAAGAGUCCUGAGCUUUCCUCUCUUCGCCAUGCCCUCUCCCUUUACACUCAGACUACAGACACACUCAUCCAGACGUUUGUGACCACACAGCACACGCAAGUGCACAAUGGAAAGGGUAUUAGGUUAACUCUCAAUGAAAAAACGCAACCCAGCAGGGGUUCUGGUGUGGACAAGCCCAUUGGUGAGGUGUCUCUUCAGAUUGAGUUGUACACUCAUCCAAAGAGUGGAGAGAGGAAGGUAACAGUGAAAGUUAUAGGAGCCAGUGAUUUAAAAUGGCAGACAUCUGGGAUGUUCAGACCCUUUGUGGAGAUCACCAUGAUCGGACCUCGCCUCAGCGACAAGAAACGCAAAUUCCAGACCAAAUCCAAGAACAACAGCUGGUCUCCCAAGUUCAACGAAACCUUCCAUUUCGUUCUGGGUAACCAGGAUGGCUUUGAGUGCUACGAGGUGCAAGCCUGCGUCAAAGACUACUGUUUCGGCCGUGCUGAUCGAGUGGUGGGUUUGGCUGUGGUGCAGUUGAGAGACAUCAUGGAGAGAGGCAACUGUGCCUGCUGGUGUCCGCUGGGACAACGCAUUUACAUGGACGACACGGGCCUCACCGCCAUGAGAAUCCUCUCUCAGCGCUCCAACGACGAUGUGGCCAAGGAGUUCGUCCGACUGAAGUCAGAGACCCGGUCAGCAGAGGAGGGCAGCUGAGGACAUUUAAAUGGGCCGGGACUUCUCGUUGGCAACUUCAUAGAACCAACACAUUCCUAAAACUGAAGCUACUGCACAGCAGAUAAACACACACUCAGGCCCAGGCCACUGCCAUUUUAUCUUUAAGUCCUCUCUUUGUCUGCGUGAGGGUUAAAGCAUCCGCCUCAAGGGCACCAGACCAGACGCCCAAUAACUAACCGCACCUCUCAAGUGUUCUUGUGAAAUAAAUGCCCCCCCCUGCUCCCACUCGUGACCAAGUGUCUCAAGCCUUACACUGUGGAAACUGUGAAUGUGUGAACUCAUUUUGUCUUUAGCGUGCCUGUAUUUUUUAUUUUAUUUUGUGGCUCCACUGUGACGUGUUUUGAGGAAAUGUGAAAAUACUUUUAGGUUUUAUCUGAUUAGUUAAAAACAAAACGUUUACGAGGAGAAGCUCAAUGAAACUUCAAAUGUUUUCUUCAUUUUCAGAUUAAUCAUGUGCCUUGCCAUGAGACAAAACCAGAUGUAGUGCAACUCGAAAUAUGUUGUUUUUAUUUGUCCACUUCUUUAUUUUUAUUUAUCUGCUCUAUUAACAGAUUUUAACCCGCAUGGCCUGAUGUAACCUGGAGGUUUUUGCCAUUGUAUUUACUUUUAUACAUAUUCAUUUUCUCUGUGCUCUUUAAAGAUCAGAUAGUAUGUUGUUGAGUUUUUGGGUAAAUUUUUGCACAGUGACUAGUGUGAAUGAGCUGCUAAGGUUUUGUUACAAGAAUAAAUACAUGCACGCUGAAUUGAAGCAACAAACAGGAGCGUGUGGAGAUAUUUAUAAAUGGAGAUUUUUAUUCCAGGUUGGGUCUUUCAGGUAUCACAAACCUCUAGAUAUUUCACCGAGGUGACCUCAGUUUACAUUCUCCUUUCUCUGUUUGACUCUUAGUAUGGCCUGGAAUUAGGAAAAGUGUAUUUUAUGUGUUUUUACCCCUGUUGGCAUCUUUAAUGCUCUUAAUGAUGUCUAAUGACUUUUAUGUGGAACUUUCCCAAAUAUUUUCUACUUUUUACUUCUCAGUGAUGAAAGAAGUAGGCUGUUUUUAACUUAAACAUCCCUUUGUAGUCGAUUUGUCCCCUCUAAAUUAUCUAGAUUAUUAUGGGAUGUUUUUUCUUGUAGUUGUUUUGUUUUUAGGUGGAUUUUUUUAAACAUUCAUUCGUUUGUAUUCCUCCUGUACUCAGUGUUUAUCCUAACGAGUCAUAAAUGUUCAUUUUUAUUUUCAGCAUGAAAACCACAAGUCCUUUCAUUUCUAUGUGAGCAUUAGUGAGAGCCUAUGUUUAAAACCACUGUAACACACUUGUUCCUUGUGCCAACUUAAACAUACACACCCUAAGUGUUUUGCUAUUGUUUUUUUAUUAUUUCAUAUUUUCACAUCGUGUUAAAUACUAAACCACUGCAAUAGUUCUUAUGUACACUAUAUUUGUCACAGUAAAUGCAUUUUUGUGCUUUUUUUCUUUGUAAUGUCACCACCUUUAAUGUCUGCAUCACCAUGUAAACAUUCCAAGUAACCAGUUUUAUAUAAAAAGAAACCUUAAGCACCUGAAA